AUGGAGUUUACGCUGCUUUGUAACCUCGGAGGUCCUCACAAUGCCAGCGUUUCUUUGCGGCUCCGUCUGUUGCAUGUGUGGCCGGCGAAGUCCCCGGGGGACAUUAGAAUCUACAAUUACUGCACUAUUUGGGUCGACGAAACAAUUGAGGUGGAGUGUUUUGCGCAGGGUAUGCUGAUACAAGGCGUCUCACCGACUUCGAUGGCUACCGGGAUUCGCCGUAAUCUCUCAGUUGACAAGAUAUACGUCAUAAAGACUUUUGCCCUGAGCAAUCCGCCAAAUCAGUAUCGGGCCUGUUCUUUUGAUUUGGCUCUAGGUCUUUCGCCUUCGGCUUCUUUUCAGCCCUGUGUUUUGCCUGCUGAAAGUUUCCCACUUGAUGCUUACGAGUUUGUGGCUUUCUCUCAGUUGAGUUUGCAUGCCGGUAACCAUCGUUAUUUGACAGAUGUCGUUGGCCGACUCAGUUCGAUCAGCGGGAUAUCGCACAAGAUCACAAAUAACGGUCCUACAGUCAAGCAGACGGUCAUAGUUGAGGAUGAAAGCGGAUCGAAAGUUUCGAUUACGCUCUGGGAUGAGUUUUCUGCGGUGUUGGAUCACGUUGCUUUGACUCAGGCUGACUCUAUUGAAGCUCUGAUUUUGGCAUUUGGCGGCUUGUUGGUCAAUAAGCUGGGAGAUGAUUAUGUUCUGUCGAGUUCUGCCGCUACUCGCAUAUCAGUCAAUCCUCCUGUACCGAAGGCUUAUUUUCUUGCGUCUAGGUUUGCUGAGAAACACGAGGUUGUUGAAUCCUUGCCGGUUGAGUUUGCUACUGCCGCUGAUGCUACAGUUGAUGCCGAUCGUCGAACCAGGACUUUGAGUCAGUUGCUGGCGUUAUCCAGAACAAAUGCCUCAGUGGAAGAGAAGUAUCGCUGUGGUGGAGUGAUUGUUGAUGUUGAGUCAAGCACACCUUGGUAUUAUAUUUCAUGCAAGUUAUGUUCGAGGGCUGUUUCGAAGCGUCGUGAUGAUACAUUUUGGUGUCCAAAGGAUUGGCAGUUGGAUGAGGAACAAACUCGCGUCAACUACAAGCUCCAGCUUACACUGAGGGAUGACUCCUGUGAGGCGCGUUUUAUACUGAUGGUGGGGGGGGGGGGGGGUGCGCUUACGCUGGUGAACGUUUCUGCCACACAUUUGGCCCAAAGGUUCCCCCAUCGUCCUGGUCAGCUUCCCCCACAACUGCAUCAGUUACGAGGGCAGUAUAUCAAGUUUGAUUGUAGGUUGCCGUUGCCGGGCCCAACCGGUUUCUCCUCGGGAGAAUUCCGUGUGACUCAGGUUGUUCCUCUUGAUGAUCCUACUGUGGUGGGUGAUCUUCUUGAGUUUUCUUCUGCCCCUCCGUUGGCUGCUCCUAUGAUGCGUGCAUCGAGUGUCGAGGGUGGCCCUCUAGUUCAUCGAGGACCUCGAAGGGAAAGGAGAAGAUUUCCCAGUUAUGAGGCCAGGGAUUUCCGAAACCCUAUUUAUACAAAUGUCAGAAAUGAAGACAUCGAUACUGAGUCACGGGUUCUUGGAGCUUCUCAGGUUUCAGCGAUGGGUGUACAGUUGGGCUCUAUUCGAGCUGUUGCACCUGCUGCGAUGUCCUCUGUUGUUCAUUCUUAUGUACCGUCUGUCCAAUCUGCUACUUUAAUGAUCCCCAGACGAUCAGCAAGAAUCGAAGAGUCUAUGAGCCCCGAGGAUGUUGGUCGCGGCUCAUCUAUGCCAGCUGCAAAAGUUUUAAAGCCAUCCCCAGAGUCAUCUCCUGGGAUGACUUUAGGUUCAACCGUCGUGUCAGCAUCGGCAUCGCCGUUGAUUUCUCCACUGUCCAAGAUCAAGGUGGAGAAAUUGGAUGCUGCCGAAGGUGCUCAGGCGCAACAUGGUGGUUCCUCACAGGCAGGUGUUGAUAUGGAAAGAGAUGCUUCGAUGGAUAGUCAGAAAAAAACGUCGGCAAAGCGUGGUUUGCUCAAGAAGUGA